AUGGAUCAUUCAAAGAAGCAGAAGAAGAACAAAACGAAGGCUGUUCAAGAAGAAGUUCAAGAAGAAGUCCAAGGUAGAGUACAGUGUGCUAGCGUGAUGGAUCAAUUGCACGAGGAGAUGACACAAUACAACAAUCAACAGGGAAGGUCAAGAAGUGAUAACAUCAAUGUCACCCUUCAAAAUCCUGCCGAACGGCUUGCAAUACAACCGGAAUAG